UGUACUGUAUUAAACAACAAAGUUAAAAAUUUGCGAAAGAUAGAAUUGUACUUGAAAUUUUCUAAGAGUUCGCUUAAUUAAAAUAAAAUAUACAUAUUAAUUAGUACUGAAACUGUGAGAGUAUACAGUUUGUAUGAAUAAUGGCAAAGGAAAAAUAUCAGAAGUAUAUAAUAUCAUUAGACGCUGUUGACAUUGGUUUUUUACCAAUCAAUUAUCAAUCUAAAUUUGAUGAUGUAGCACCUCUUUGGACAAGAAAUAAUCUCAACAUGAGAAACAAUGACUACUAUGAAUUUGAAAUUAAAAAUAUUGAUACAAAAAUUGAUGAUAAUCCAGAAGAUGAAAUACAAUAUAUUCCGUGUCACAUAUGCAAUAUCGAUGUGCCUGUACCAUUUUUGAAACAACACCAUGAUAGUUUCAAACAUUUAAUAAAUAUGAAAAUAGCAGAUACAGCCGUUGAAAGAAUAAAGAAAUCUAUUCAUCAUAACAACUUCUGUAACGAUGAAAUGUAUCCAUCGCUACACUUCUGUCCAACUUGCGUCGCUGUUAUAAAACUAAAAGAUCAAAUAAAUCAUGAAAAAUCAAUCGCCCACAAAAACUCAUUGAUAGUAAAUAAGUUUUUAAAUGAUUUCUAUCUUUUAUACACAGAUAAUAAUAAUUGUGAAGACUAUGAUGUACUUUUAGAUAAAAAAACAAAUAAUUUUAACCGAUUCAAUGAUAAUGAAGUGAAAAAAUCAAAAGGUACAAAUGAUAAUUUAGAUAACAGUAUAGAUUCAGUCAGUUUUAAAAGCGAAACAGAUUCGGGUUCGAUAUUUAAAGAAUGCGAUAGUGAUUUAUCUGAUAGAAACAAGAAAGAUAAUAAUAGCGAUAGGACAAUUAGUCCAAAUGUUAACACAAUUAUUAAAAACAAAGAAACCACUUCUAAGAUGCUUCCUAUAAAUGUUUCUAACAGUGUUGAAGAUAAAAAUAAAGAUGAAAUGAUUGAAGAUAAAACAACAUUAGAAGAUGCUUCUAAUAAUAGUCCUAAAGCUAUGAAAUCAGAUACUAAAAAGAAAAAAACUAAAACGAAAAUUAAUGCAGGAAUCUCUCAAGAUUUAUUUUCUAAAGGUGAGAAAAAUCAAAUAAACUGCCAAAGUCCCAUUUCAUUGUCUACUGUCGACAAUGUUAGCACUGGAGAAGUUACUAAAAAUAUCCCUGAAGUUAUCAAAACAGGCAAACCAAAAAAAGUUAAAACGAAAAAUAAUAAAGAAACCAAUGAAGAUAUCGUAGAAAUCUUAAAAGAAAAAGAUAAAAAUGGAAUUGAUGAUUUCAUUUCUUUUUUCGGAGACGAUAUAAAGGUAGAAGACAUUAAAAAGACCCCUGAAGUUGUCAAGAAAGAAAAUAGCAAAAUGAAAAAAGUUAAAACCAAGAAAGAUACAAAUGAAAAAAAUAGAAGCACCAACUCGUUAUCUUUUUUCGUAGACAGUAGAGAUAUAACAGUUGAAGAGACUUCUGAAAAGCCCGCUGAAGAUUUCGAGACAGGAAUAACGCGGAAAAAUGGGAUGGAAAAUGAUAAAGAAAAAAAUAAAUUAAAAGAAAUGGAUCGAGAAAAUGAAAACAAAUUGUGUAAAAUCUGCAACAACAAUGAAAUCAACGACCAUUCUGUCUGUUUGUUCUUGUGGAACGAAUUAUGUGAAAAAUUUAAUACAGAAAAUGAAAAAAAUGAUGGUUUUAUAAUAAACAAUAUGUUACCAUUCGAUAUAUAUUAUCACUUGAUAAUUAAAUGCAAUACACCAUAUUGCAUGGUAUGUAAAAUUAAUUUCUAUGGUGAAGUAGACAUUAUAACUCACUUACUUAGCAAAGAACACAUUAAUAGUUAUAAGGCAUUGAUAAGUGAUCAUUUCUUGAUAUUAGAAAACAAUGUAACGACAUGUAAAGUUUGUGAUGUAAAAUUUAAGAAGGAAUUUGAAUUACUACACUGCGAGGACAUCAAACACAUAACAAGGCAAGAGAAAUAUAAACGGCAGCUGGGUAAAAUGAAUGCGUUAUGAAAUUUUAAACUCCAAUGUAAAUCUGAUCAGCUAAUUGAAGUUCAUCUGUCUCAUCGGCUCUCUAUCUUCAUAUUUCUUGAUGGGACCAUUUAUUUUUUUAUAGAAUAGGAAGGCGGACGAGCAUAUGGGCCACCUGAUGGUAAGCGGUCACCAACGUCCAUAGACAUUGGCAUUGUAAGAAAUGUCAACCAUCGCUUACAUCACCAAUGCGUCACCAACCUAGGGAACUAAGAUGUUAUGUCCCUUGUGACUGUAAUUACACUGGCUCACUCACCCUUCAAACCGGAACACAACAAUACCAAGUACUGCUGUUUUGCGGUAGAAUAUCUGAUGAGUGGGUACCUACCCAGACGAGCUUGCACAAAGCUCUAUCACCAGUAAUAAACUGUGACCUGAUGCUGCUUUAUCUGGUAUCAGUAGGAUGGUAUUGUGUUGGAGCUCAUUGAAAUGGUGUCAAAUGGGUUGCAGUAAAAACUCUUCUAAACCAAUCUAAGUAUGUAGUUUAAACUACCGAAAUCAGUCAAAAUUAGUUUUGUCUUAAAAUCACUGGUUUAAAGGACUUUUAACUGCAAAUUUUCGGUUAAUAUAAGGUCCUUACAUAUGAAAUUGACGUUUUGUACGGGAGGAAUAUAAAGUCAAUUUUAUUUUGUAAAAUAUGUUAAAUUAAUCAAAGUAUACACCGUUAUUUUCUAUGCACUUUUACCAUCUCAUAAGUAGUUCAUUGAUCCCUUUACUAAAAAAUCCAUGAGGGCGAGAAUCAAUAAACUCUUUGAAGGCGGUUUGGACUGCCGCAUCGGAGUUGAAUUUUUUCCUUGUAAAUAUACCGAUAUUUCAUGUUUUCCAUUGUGCGGUAAUAAGCGACGCCACAGAAAAAAAAUAAUGAGAAAAAAACAAAUGAAUGACUGUUUUCAAAACGCAAAUGCUUUUAACCAGCUAAAUUAAUUUAUAAAUUUGAAUUUGGAAUUCUUAACCAAAGAGGAGAUAUUUCAGAUCAAAGUGGUCAGUACGACAAAACGUUAAUUUCAUACGUAAGGACCUAAUAUUUCAACUAGCGUUCUUAGUCAAAACAACAUACCAUACCUUUUGACUGCAACAUACAUACUAUUUAGAAGUGUUUUUUAUUUUCAAUUAUUAAAACCAGAAAUUUAUUUCAAAUAUAGCAACAAUUCAAUUUGAUAAUUUCUUAAAUCAUAAUGCCUCUUUAACCGAAUAUUAAAAGAUUUUAAGCUUUUGCCAUACUGAAUAAUUGAAGCAUUGCUGUGUAAUUGUCUCGUUGUAUACUGGGGGGUUUCCCAACCUUUCUUCUGUUGAGCAUGCCAUAAAAUAUAUUUUGAUUUUUCUCCCACACAUUUUUCAUUACAAUAAACCCACUAUUUAAAUUUUUUUUAAAUUCAAAAUUAGUAAAAAAAAAGUUAAAUUAUUUAGGUAACUUAAAAAUGCUAACGAAUUCACCCCCAAAUACAUGCCCCCUGGUUCGGAACUCCUGAUCUAAUGGCUUCCUUAUAUGGCUGCAGAUGCCACAUAGACAUUAGUACUCAUAAUCUGAUGCAAUGGCAAUUCGGCACGAUUAGGGAGUUCAGACCCGUGAAUUACUCUUUUAAAAUAGACCAGGAGUCUCAACCAGAGGGGGUACGUACCCCCUGGGGAGGCGUCAAGUGUAUGGAGAGGAUUAUAAAAUCAGUUUCACUUUAGGAUGCUAAAUGUAAUAUGUAAACUACUAACAUAAAAAUAUGUUUUAAGCUGGAUAUAUUUUAAGUAAAAUUCAUUGACCAUGUGCUAUUUUUUCUAUACCUACUUAUAUUUAGAUUGCUAUGUCUAGGUUUAAUGUAAUGAAUUUUAUCGUUAUUUAAUUAUGAAAGGAUAGUGACCAAAAAUGUAUUAAUCUUGGUUCAAAUAUCCACCACUAACGAGACCUAAGUCAUAGUUAGUAAAUAGUGAGUCAUUAUAACCAGACCGCAAUACAAAAUAUGCUGUCAGCAUAAAGUUAUAACUGAAUGAAAAGUCAUGUAUUUGUAUAUGUUUAUGCGAAAAAUAUCGUUAAUAUAUACGCAUUUUAUGACAAACCGCCCGCACGGUGACGCUGUCGGCCAAUUGAGCAAACGGCAACAAGUACUUUGCCGCUUUAUGUCCCGUGUUAGGUUUUCGCUGAAAUUGAUUUUGAUCAAAGACCCGGAAAAAGGAAAACAACCCGUGUUUCAAGUACCUGGUACUCUAGAUAUUCAGAUAAAAACCGAUUGCGUUAGUGCUCUGGCGCAUUAUUUGCUAAGUACGAAAGGGAUAGAAAUGUUAUCUUUCAUUUGCGCGGGGUUAUCGAUGAAUCAUAACUAGGAGUAGAUUUCGCGCACAAUUAAAAUUGACUUAAAUAAAUAAUGAAGCAAAAAACGCUAAACUAUUAUAAUUUGUGAUACAGUUUUAACUUUUUACUGACAGCUUAUUUUUUUUUUUGUCUCAUAGUAAAAGUUACUCUACGUUUAGUAGGCUAAAGUCAACAUAGGUCUCGUUAGUGGUGGAUAUUUGAACCACUUUAGGACAUUCUCCUUUGUUUGAAAUUUACUAAAAAAUAAAUUUAUAAAUACUCUUCGUAAAAUAAGACAGUUUUUGUCGUCAUGUAAAUUAUAUUUUUUAUAUAAACAUUUUUCAUACAA